GAUCACAUUUUAACCUACGAGUGGUUUUCAUGCCUUUGUCGUUUCAGAUUCUAACAAGCUCUACGAGAAGUUGCGUUCAUCUCCUUGUUGUGUAUAUCGUUCAGUCAGGUUCGAAGAUUGCAAUUGGAGAAAUCAGGGAACUCGGAGCAGUGACGUCGGAGCAGUGGUGUGCUGCUAGACACGGGGUUCGGCCAACCAAAUAUAGAAUAAUUGUGAACAAACUUUUGGAUGGAUAUCAGAGAGGAUACGGGAGAUUUUGCGAAGAUCAAAAGCUUGAGAAUGCCAUUAAGCUCCUUGCUUGUAUCAGAGAGGAAAAUGCUUGAUCCGCAAAGUCCAUGUCUUCAACAGUGGAACAGGAUAUUCUUGAUCUUGUGUGUUUUCGCACUAGCUUUGGACCCGCUGUUUUUCUACAUCCCUGUGAUUGACGUUAAUAAGUGGUGUCUUGAUAUAGACAACAGAAUGAAGAUCAUAGCAUCCCUUCUUCGAACUAUAAUCGAUGCGUUUUACAUUAUCCACGUAAUCCUCAAAUUUCAUACGGGGUACACAGUCCCUCCUUCCAGACCGUUUGGAAGAGAGAUUUUAAUUAAUGAUCCAUCAGCUGUAUCCCGAAGAUACUUAUCGUCGUACUUCUUCCUUGAUAUCCUAGCGAUUCUUCCAAUCCCGCAGGUCGUGGUAUUUGUUAUCAUUCCCACGCCCCACAGGCCAGGUGCUUUAAUGAUAAAGGAGUCAUUGAAGUUCAUCAUUUAUGGCCAAUGUGUACCGAGGAUUAUUAGGAUCUAUCCACUGUACAAGGCAGUGACAAGAACAUCCGGUUUACUUCUUGAAAAGGCCUGGGCUGGGGCUGCCUUCAAUCUUCUGCUUUUCAUGUUUGCCAGUCACGUAUUUGGAGCUUUUUGGUACUUAUUCUCGAUCGAUAGAAAAGUCAGGUGCUGGGAAGCGGUGUGUCGAAGACCAGACUGUGACUCUUCAUAUUUAUACUGCAGCACAGCACAGAAACAGAACUAUACGUUUCUUGACACUGCUUGUCCUCUGAUUAAAUCCAAUGACAUUAAGGAUUCGAAAGAGUUCAGCUUUGGAAUAUUCAUCGAUGCCCUCCGGUCUGGCAUUGUGGAGUCAAAAGACUUGUCAAAGAAGUUAUUCUACUGCUCUUGGUGGGGAUUCCGCAAUCUUAGCUCUUUGGGUAAAAACCUACAAACAAGCACCUCUGUGGGGGAGAUUAUCUUUGCUUUCAGCAUAGCUGUAGCCGGCUUGGUCUUGUAUUCAUUGCUUAUCAGCAAUGUGCAGUCUACUAAAGUUAGAAGGGCAGAGGAGAGGAGAGCAAGGAGGCAAGAUGCAGAGCAAGAUGCAGAGCAAUGGAUGUUGCGCCGUAUGCUUCCAGAGGGCUUGAAGGCCCGAAUUAGGCGGUAUGAACAGUACCAAUGGCAAGAGACGAGAGGUGUCGAUGAAGAAUCUUUGAUCAGGAACCUCCCUAAAGAUCUCCGUAGAGACGUAAAGCGUCACCGUUGCCUGGAAUGUCUAUUGAGAGUGCCCCUGUUUGAGAAAAUGGAUGACCAAUUGCUGGAUGCAAUGUGCGAUCGCCUCAAGCCAGUCCUGUACACAAAGAAGAGCUUCAUCGUGCACGAGGGGGACCCAGUCGAUGAGAUGCUCUUCAUCAUACGAGGCAGGUUGGGGUCCACAACCACAAAUGGUGGAAGAACAGGAUUCUUCAACUUAGUCUAUCUGAAGGAAGGUGAUUUCUGUGGAGAGGAAUUGCUUACUUGGGCCUUAGAUCCAAAUUCCUCCUCCGAUCUUCCCACCUCGACGAGAACUGUAGAAGCUAUCACAGAGGUCGAAGCCUUCGCACUCACUACCUAUGACCUGAAGUUUGUGGCCUCUCAGUUUCGGUGUCUUCACAGCAAGCAGCUCCAACAUACUUUCAGGUUCUACUCGCAACAAUGGAGGACGUGGGCAGCUUGUUUUAUACAAGCCAUUUGGCACCGACACUGCAAGAGGAAGCGCGAUAAGGCUUUGCAUGAUGCAGAAGACAGGUUACACGAUGCUUUAGCAAAGGAUGGUGGCGCUUCGCCGAGCCUUGCUGCCACUAUAUGUGCAUCAAGAUUCGCAGCCAAAGCGUAGAGGAAUUCAAGGAAAAGUGGUAGCAUAAAGAUGCCGCAGAGGUUACCUCCGUUGAUGCCUCAAAAGCCAGCUGAACCUGAUAUCACAACCGAUGGCAGUAACUAAAGAUCCUUCCAAAUCUUUUGCUCAAAUAUGGCAUAGUUAGAAGAUGUUUCUACUCAGAUGUGAUAUGCAAUUAAAUAACAUAGCAAUAUGAUGUCCUCAGAUGUGAUAUGCAAAUUGAUAACUCAACAAUAUGAUGUAGAAUCUUGAUCUCGGUAUAUGAUUCC